CUCAGACUUGAAUGAUCCUCACUGUACUCUGAUCUCGAGGCCGCGUUUCAGUAGAGGAGUCAACCACGAGCCCAAGAUAAUUCGCAGUCACCUGCCGCUCCGGAGAGAAGAAGAAGGCGGGCGGGUGAUUUUGCUUUGCGUUCAGUGAUGGGGAUGCUCUUCUCCUGCCCCGUGGAGGAGGAGGACGUGCCGGCAGAGGCUGGCGUUCCAGCGCCGCCGGGCGGCGGCAAUGCCGGGGAGCCGGCGGUCCUGAUGGCGUCGCUGGGCUCCGGGAAGCUCCGGUUCGAGGGCUCCCUCAGCUUCAAGCGGGAGCAGCAGCAGCAGAGCCCCGGCGCGGUCCUGCAGGUGGAGGCCAAGAUCUCCGUCGCGUCGCCGCGCGCCACCGUGGCGCCCGUGCCGACGAUGAUACCUAGGGAGCUCGCGCGGACCAGGUUCGCCGACGCGGCGGUGGCCGCGUGCCCGGCGCCGGAGAGCCCCAAGCACGAGUCGGCGGCGGUGACGGUGCAGAAGGUGUACAAGAGCUUCCGCACCCGCCGCCGCCUCGCGGACUGCGCCGUGCUCGUCGAGCAGAGCUGGUGGGAGCUGCUGGAUUUCGCGCUGCUCCGGCGGAGCUCCGUCUCCUUCUUUGACAUCGAGAGGCAGGAGUCCGCGGUGUCCAAGUGGGCGAGGGCAAGAACCAGAGCUGCCAAGGUUGGCAAGGGGUUGUCCAAGGACGAUAAAGCCCAGAAACUCGCGUUGCAGCACUGGCUUGAAGCUAUUGACCCGCGCCACCGGUACGGCCAUAACCUUCACUACUACUAUGACUGCUGGCUGCGGUGCGAAAGCAAGGAGCCAUUCUUCUACUGGCUGGACGUUGGAGAAGGCAGGGAAAUUAAUCUUGAGCGGUGCCCGCGAUCGAAGCUUCUGAGCCAGUGCAUCAAGUACCUUGGUCCGAAAGAAAGAGAGGACUAUGAGGUUGUGAUUGAGGAUGGCAAGUUCAUGUUCAAGAACAGCAGGCAAAUCCUCGACACCUCUGGUGGACCGAGGGACGCCAAGUGGAUUUUUGUUCUAAGCACAUCCAAGAAUUUAUAUGUUGGACAGAAGAGAAAGGGCACAUUUCAGCACUCCAGCUUCCUCGCCGGAGGGGCUACAUCUGCUGCUGGCCGAUUAGUUGUGGAAGAUGGAGUUCUGAAGGCUAUUUGGCCUCACAGCGGUCACUACCGCCCGACUGAAGAGAACUUCCAGGAAUUCCAGAGCUUCCUCAAGGACAAAAGUGUCGAUCUUACUGACGUCAAGAUGAGCCCAGAUGAAAAUGAUGAGGAGUUCUGGAGCAGGCUCAAAAGCAUCCCCUCGGACUGCCGCGCCUCUGCUGACAAACCUGAAGAAGAUGAAAUUGUUGCAACUCAAGAUACCAACCCUUGCCAGGCGCCUCUAGUAAUUGAAGCCACUACACCUGAAGAAGUGUCUGUCCCAGAGCAUGAAGAAACCAGGACGAAUCCGAAACCCAUUGCGACUGUCGCGAGGCAAGAUUCAUCAGAGGACGCCGCCGAAAACGCCGAGACUUCGACGACCAGCGACCGUGCCUCAUCUGAAGAGGAGAACCACAACGGCGACGGCGACAACGCGGCCGUGCCGAGGGAGAAGAUCCUUCAGAGGAUCAGCUCGAAGAAGGAGACCAAGUCGUACCAGCUCGGGAAGCAGGUGUCCUUCAAGUGGACCACGGGCGCCGGGCCCCGCAUCGUGUGCGUCCGGGACUACCCGUCGGAGCUCCAGCUCCGCGCGCUGGAGCAAAUGCACCUGUCGCCGAGGAGCGGCGGUGCCGGCGCCGUCAAGGCGGCGUCGUCCCGGUUCGCCUCGCCGCAACGGUCCAGCAGCCCUAUGGCGAGGGGGCGGUGCGAGCAACUGACGCUGGGCAGCAGCGGCGGCAGGGCGGCGUCGUCCCGGUUCGCGUCGCCGCAGCGGUCCAGCAGCCCGAUGGCGAGGGGGCGGUGCGAGCCGCUGACGGCGAGGGAGGCGUUCCGGACGCAUCUGAUGGCGAGAGGAUGAUCAGAAGUUCAGAAUCAGAUCGGCCAUUCAGUUUCGAUGAAUGGAGUGACUUUUUUCUUGAGCGUUUUGGUGGGCCGGAUUGUGCAUAGACGAAAGAAUAAAAUGGGGAGUAAAAACUGCUCCCCGUGUAGAUCCUGUAGAGUGGUGAACAUACGUGAUCAACACAAAAAUUCUUUAAUUCUUUGUAACCCUGAUGAAAUAAUGCAAGGAGAAAUACAAAUUAUUUUACUUCA